CAAUUGUCUAUCGUGUUGCAUCGUCUUCUUGCAAAGAAGUUGAAUAAAAAAAUAAAAAGUUUCAUAAAUAAUUAAUUCAUUUAUGGUUUUUGUCCAUAAAUAUUCAUAUUUACAUAUAAGACUGUAAAAAUAGUUGAUAAACUAAAAUCUCAAUACUACUGCAUUUGAAAAUGUUGGCCGCUAAAGGAAAACAAUUUUCCGGUCUUUCGAAGACAUUCACAAAAUGGGUCAACUUCAGUACAACAGCCAGGAACUAUGAUAAACCGAAAACAGCUGUGCUUAUGUUAAACAUGGGUGGACCGCAGACAACCGAUCAAGUGCAUGAUUAUUUGUUACGUAUCAUGACAGACCGUGAUAUGAUACAAUUGCCGGUACAAAGCAAAUUGGGUCCAUGGAUAGCACAGCGACGUACGCCGGAAGUGCAAAAGAAAUAUAAAGAAAUUGGCGGUGGUUCUCCCAUACUGAAAUGGACGGAAUUGCAAGGCGAAUUAAUGUGUAAGGAGUUGGAUCGUAUAUCACCAGAAACAGCGCCCCAUAAGCAUUAUGUAGGAUUUCGAUACGUGAACCCGUUAACCGAAGACACAUUGGCAAGAAUUGAAAAAGAUGGUCCUGAGCGUUUAGUACUGUUUUCUCAGUACCCACAAUAUAGCUGUGCUACAUCUGGUUCCAGUUUUAAUUCAAUAUAUCAGCAUUAUAAAAAAAGAUCUCCUCCUUCGAACAUCAAAUGGAGUGUCAUUGAUAGAUGGGGAAGUAAUCCCCUGCUAAUUAAAACUUUUGCUGAACGCAUACGCGAAGAAUUAGAUAAAUUCUGUGAAACAAAGCGGAAUGAAGUUGUUAUACUCUUCACUGCUCACUCCCUACCAUUGAAAGCAGUAAAUCGUGGCGAUCCCUAUCCCUCAGAAAUUGGUGCUUCCGUGCAAAUGGUUAUGCAAGAGUUGGGAUACUGUAAUCCUUAUAGUUUAGCUUGGCAGUCUAAGGUGGGACCCUUGCCUUGGCUAGCACCGGCUACCGAUGAUGCCAUUAAGGGAUAUGUGAAACAAGGACUGAAAAAUUUCAUUCUAGUGCCAAUUGCAUUUGUAAAUGAACACAUUGAAACUUUGCAUGAAUUGGAUAUUGAAUACUGUGAUGAGCUGGCCAAAGAGGUUGGAGUUCAAGAAAUUCGCCGUGCCGCCACACCAAACGACCAUCCUCUAUUUAUAAAGGCUUUAAGUUCUAUUGUAGCAGAUCACUUGAAAGAAGGUCAAAAUGUUAAUCCUAAAUUUUUGAUGCGCUGUCCCAUGUGUGUAAAUUCUCGUUGCCGUGACAGCAAGAAAUGGUAUAAACAUCUCUGUUCACGUUAACUUUCCAGCUUUACUCAAUGAUUUUUAUAUUUAUUAAAUUGUUAUAUACACUUAACUGCAAUCGUCGUGGAGGGAUUAUUAAAAAAAAAAAUAAACGCACUACAUAUUAAA